UAUCAAGCUGAAUUUUAAUAUAUCGAAAGUGGCGUAUUUCAAACAUUUUGCUGUUCGUGUAUUUCCGAACGAGGGGAUUGAUUUGGAAACGUCUUGCAGAGUUUUUGUAGUUCAUCAUCAGAAAUAGCAGAUGGCAUUCGUUGCGAGGUUUGUCAGUCACGUUUAUGAACGAAUAUUGGGGAGCAGGCCUGUUGAGGAAGAAGAGAUACCAGCUGUUCAGAGGGACACUUGUUAUCCUAAUGGAACAAAAAAAGGCUGCAUCGUAUCUUACUAUGCUACAGGACAAGGCAGAGUUGACAUUCCUGAAACCUUAAACCCGUGGCAAGUGCUGGAUCUUCAUUCGUUUCACGUGUCGUCUAGUGAGGAAAUCGACAAAGCUUUUAAGGUGAGAAUAACCCAAUCAGUGCGCCACAAUAGUGCAAUGGCAUCUGUUGCCUAUCACAUGCUCACGUCAACAGCUGACAGGUACGUGCAAAAAUCUGGCUUGGACGAGUUUGCCAUCACAAAGGCUGACCACUUCGUGCUAGCAGCAUGUGGGCACACAAGAGCGCUUGCUUCCGAGAUCAGGUAUGAAAAAGAUCUUCUGCAAGAUAAGGAUGAGCGCUCUCGGACACUGCUAUACAUCGCAAGUAGGUCAGGUUUCUAUGAUAUGUGCGAGUUGCUCUUAGAGAAAGGCGCAUGUAUCAAUGAAGUACAAUCUACUGGUAGCACGCCCCUUCAUGGUGCAGCAUACUACGGUCAUGCACAGAUCGUUGGGCUUUUACUCCAGCACGGUGCGAAAACUGACAUCAAAAACCAGUUUGGAAGGACUGCUCUGGACGAAAGUGCCACGCCCGAGAUACAGAGACUGAUACAAACCGCGUCGACAGACAAAAUUUUGUCUCUUACGGCAGAGUUUAGAGGAAAGCAUCUUGUACACAGUGUGCAACUUAUUAAGUACCAAGGGGAAGUCAUAGCUAAGGAACUCGCACGUGAUCAGAGUACCCUUGACAAAGGCACACGAGCCCAGUGGAAUGAUAUUUGCAGCAACUGGGAAUCUGCAUGGCACGGCACUCGUUAUGGACAUCUGGAAUCGAUCAUAAAGCAGGGUCUGGUCCUGGGCGCUGGUUCCAGGGAUAUCAAGCCAGAAGCAGGCCUCUACGAACUCAGUGAAGAACAUCUUGGUGCCUCUAACUGGGCAAAAGCAAUUUUCCUUACCCCCUGCAUUUUGUUCGCGUCCCAUGAAGCGUAUUCAGAGCGAGUCUUCUCCGAAUCCCAGUUAUGGUGCGUCCUCGUGAAAGCCUACUGCAAACCUGGCAGCUACAAAUCAUAUUCCCCUGAAAUGCGUGUGCCUGUGAAAGACUUCCUCAUUUGGCGCGUCGAGUCUGCACGCGAUGUUAUCGUCUGUUCCCUGAUGUUCGUGCGAUGCAGCUUUCUUGAGAAUAAACACAUGAAUCUUGAUGAGAAAAUGAGAAUCUUGGGCCAAGAAAAAAAAUCGUCAACUUCGUGUAGUGUAUCUUGAGACUCCAUGUACGACAUAAUUGUAAAAUGUUCACUUUCGAUUAUCAUAAUUGUAUCGUUGAUGUACACUGAAAAUGAAGUAGAAAAUAGAACCGUGCACAGAAAUUCCUCCCGCAUUCUAAUCCCCUCCCGCAUUUUGAUCCCCCUCCCGGGGAUAGUACUCCCUAUAACGGCCUAUACAGGGGGAGGGCUCCCCCCGAAAUAAAGGGUAGGGAUUGAGUUGAGGCAUAUGAAAAGUUAGGAAAAUCUGUCAUUUAGUUAUUUUGAAGGGCGUUUAAUUAAAAUUUUCCGAACACAAG